UAUAUUAUACGGGUGUCAUACGAGAGCACUUUCGAACCCGAUCGAGCCCGAUCGGGAUUUGUGUUCACAAUUGCCUGUACCGCGCAAUAAGCGUAGAGCCGAUGGCGAUCCAGAAAUUUGAUAUCGCUCGAUCGCCAUCGAAAGCCUGUGUGGAACCGGUAUAAGCUGCCUCUUAUCAGCCAACUCUCCGAUGUUUAAAACGCGUUUUAUCUGUGCAGAUGACGUUAUCACAGCGCUACAGAAGUGCUGGAAAUCCCUGAGGGAUAAAUUUCGCCGCCUUCUGAAGGGACUGCAGGAAGAAAAAAAGCGCGGCGCCGGUGCAGACGACGUGCAGGACGACGUCGUCUGGCCGUUUUUCGAGCAAAUGAUGUUCCUGCGCGACACAAUGGAAUAUAGACCGACAUCCGGCAACCUUCCAUCUGUGCCCCCAUCGAGUGAGGAGGAAAGCGCUGCGGACAUUUUAACAAAGAUGGGCCAGUUUUCUGAUCUGGCAUCGCUUGAGGUGCCGUCACCAUCCGGUGAAGCGUCGCAAGCGACACUGUCUACGGUGUCACAUGAGUCACUGGAAUCCCAGGACAUUUUGGAAUCUCUGGAAUCACCGGUGCUUCAAGAUGUGCUGGUUCCGGAGACUUCCGAGGCACACCACAGCAGGCCGCAGUCACAAACAUCGCUGCCCUCAGCAGGCAGUCACAAGCAAGGGACGCUGGGCAGUGUUCCUUCUGAAGCAACAUCAUCAAGAGGGGGGAAAAGGAAAAAGAAAGAUGACGGUCAAUUAAUAUUAGAGUUGGUUCCACUGCCAGGGGACUUCACCAGCACUGCUGCAGAAGUAGGCCAUCAGAAGAUUUCUGGCAUCCGCAGCUCUAGCUUCAAAGUUUCUGGCACGUGUGGUGCGAAGUGGAAAGUAGCCCUGCUCCGAGCCAUCCCUUGGCAUGCCUUGCCGCCAGUGCCCCGGCACAACAUUCCCAAAACUGUCCUCCCUGUCUGUGAAAUGAUGCACGUCUCGAUUAAGGAUGGACAGGAAGUUGUGCAAGAUUCAAGCUGCUUUGAUGACAAAGUCAACAUUCUCAGGCUGCAAAGGGAUGGUUCGGAGGAGUAUGCGCCACCGGGCUACCGUGAUGCCAAAGGCAUUUUCCACGCACCUCCUGGAAAAAAGGAAAAUCAUUGA